CCACUACUGCCUUUCAGCUGCUUCACACUGACUUCAUCGAUUCUCCAGGAAGCUGACGGUUAUUAACCAGCAGAAGAAGAAGAUGUUUUCUUCAGUACUGACCGUCUCUGUGUGUCUCCUCACCUGUCUCCUGUCAUGUGUGUCCUCUGCAGGUGAAGAGACGAAGGUGAAACCUGGAGAAGACGUCACUCUUCCAUGUCGAGGUCCCAGAGAUGCUGAAAUCAAACUGAUAAAGUGGAUCAGACCUGACCUGAAGUCAGAGGAUUACGUCUUCCUCUACAGAGACAAACGCUUUUAUGAAGAAUACCAGCUUCCAUCUUAUCGUGGUCGAGUGGAGCUGACAGAUCCACAGGUGAAGGACGGAGACGUCUCUGUGAUUCUGAAGAACGUCACCAUCAACGACGCUGCAAGAUACGAGUGUCAUGUUGGAAAAAAAGGAAGUCGUCCUCAGCUCAUCAACACCAUCACCCUGAAGGUUGUAGACUCAGUAAACGUCACAGCUGCACCUGGACAGACUGUCUCUCUGCCGUGUCGAGGUCCAAGAGACACAGACAUCACAGUUGUAGAGUGGAGCAGAGCUGAGCCGGAGCCAGAACAAGUGUUUCUGUACCGGGACAAGAAGCCUGAUCCACAGAACCAGAGUCCGUCCUUUCAGAACCGGGUGGAGCUGAGGGACAGACAGAUGAAGGACGGGGACGUGUCUCUGACUCUGAAGGACGUGACGAGAGACGACACAGGAAGAUACGAGUGUCGAGUCCAGACAGAAGCAAACUCCUUUCCUGAACCCAUCAGCAUCAUCCACCUGGAUGUUCAUCAGAAAGGUAUCACAGAGGAGAGAGGAGACGAGGAGAGAGGAGACAAGGAGGGAGGAGACAAGGAGAGAGGAGACAAGGAGGGAGGAGACAAGGAGGGAGGAGACAAGGAGGGAAACAGCAGCGGACAUGGUGGACUGGGAGUCGGUCUGUCAGCUGCUGCUCUGCUUGUUGUUGUUGUUGUUGUUGUUGUUGGUUUUAUGAUCUAUAGGAAACGUAAACGAUCCACAGAGCAGCCGUCAUAUGAACUUGCCAAUAGAGCAGCUGAUCCUCAGCAGGUCUGAAGAGUCUCAGAUCUGUUUCCUGUUUCCUGUUUCUCUCUGAUCCAUGAAGAAGAAAAGAAUCAGAGUCUGAAGGAAACAGAGACAUAAAGUUCAGAUGAACCAAACUCCAUCAGAGAGAAGCUUCUGCUCUGUGACUGAUCCACUGGUGGAAAUGAAGAGACAUACAGAGACAUUCUGUUCCCAUGACAACAAGUGAACCUGUCCACACCUGGAGCAGGACUCUACCUGGGAGGUGUGGUCAGACUGACAUCACUCCUGGUUCAUUUGGUUUGUAUGUAUUUCAUGUGUCUGACUCCUGUGUUGAUUUAAGAGGCUCAGCUCAGGUGAAGCUGCAGCAAGGAAUUGUGGGACGGCAUUUCUGUUUCCUAAAGGAGAUAAGGAAGGAAGCAGUGAAGCUCCUUUCCUCCGCUCUGAUCAUGAAGAGGAGGUGAGGAAGAGAAUGAGAGGAGAAGGUCAGGAGUUCAUGAGUUCAGGCACCAGGGGACUCUGGGAAAUGAAGUCAGGAUCUUUUUCUGUUGGUUACAGCUGCUUUAUUUCCUGGUUGUAUCUGUGUUGGUCUCAGCAGCAGAAGAACCAGCUGUUCAGACGUUUACGUCUCAGCCUCAUUAUGAUUGUUGUUUUUUAUUUGUUAGUUUUGUUCAGUUUAGUUUUAGUUGUAAUUGAUUAAUUAUGAGCAACUUUGUUUGUUUGAUUAACUUGUUUGCUUUAUUGAAAUUAGAUCUUUUAUAAUAUUGUUUGUUAGUUAUUUGUUUAGCAUAUUUAGAUUUGUAUAAUUAGUAUUUUUGUUUAUUUUUUGGUAAUUGGUUAACACUGGGCACUUGAGGUUAUAUGAGUAGGUAGGCACACUGAGGACCAGCAUGCACCUGGGUGGGCCAAUGGUUUUUUACCAGUGCAAAGAGAGGCAGCAGCAGCAGCAGCCAUGGUUUCCUUGUUCUUUUGUUUGUUUUAUUUAGUUGCAAUAAAUCCACAUAAAACUGCAAGAUUGGAAUGGACAUUCAUCUUCCUUUGCCUGCAUUAAACCACAUCCCUGUGGUGCAUCAGUGGCCUUUUGAUUAGGUUUGGUUUAAAGUUUAAUUUGUUUUUAUGAUAAAGUGUGUGAAAUGUAAAUAAUAAUAAUUCUAACUCUUCUGUGAAUAAAUGUUCAUACAGUA